AUAUACCCUGAAGUUCCUUAAAAAGAAAAAUGGCAUUCAAUAAUCCUCGCACAAAACUGUUCUGUCUAUUUACGUUAAUCGUAACUUGUCUUCUACUAUUGUCCAAAGGCUCACCUGUGAAUGCCACGGAAAAUGCAACACGAAGAAACACUUUAAGGCAUACUUCUGGACGUAAGGGGUCAAAUAUAACAGUAAUAUGCAAGACAGAAGAUUUACCCAGAUAUGAGACAUAUAACCAGACGGUGAUCUUACAUGAGCCAAACCAUGCGAUCGUCACAUCAGCUGGGAGACGUCCUACGGUUACAUACACAGCUGAUAUGGGACAGGCUCUUGUUAAAUUUGAAAGACGUUCGAGUUAGCUGAAUGUUGCGAGUGUUGUCUUAGAUCCUGCCAAAUUAUGAGUCGUCAUGUUUUACAGAACCCUGGUUGACCUUUGCCUAAAAUAUUUACGGAGAUGUUUUGCAAUUGAUACAUUAUAUUCUUUAAACGGUAUAUUGUAGGAUACAUGGCAAAAAAACCUUUAGUAUAAAAAGACACAUAUGAACAUAUAUUUGGUUACUAUAAAACAUUACCAGUAAAAUGCAAUUCUAAUAGGUCAUCCUUUGGCGGCUUAUAAUUAUUCCAAACAAGUUAUUACAAUUUACAAUACAUAUGCAUCAGUCAUUGCAAACAGCACAACAUUAUCAUUACGACAAACAUUAAGUUUGAUACAUUUAUACAUUUAAACUUGUAAAUUAUCUUAAGUCUGAAAGAGAAAAUUUUACUAUCCAUACGAAGAAUCUUCAUAUUAACUGCAGUCAUUAAAAAGUAUUUCUUUCAUUGAUUGGAUAAAGUCUGUCAUUUUAAAUUGUAGUAAAAGGGAGUAAUGAGAAACAAUAAUUUUAUAACACUGUCUCAAUUCAAAUUCUUGUUUUUCUUUUGCUAAUUGUAAGAAACAGGAGGAAGUUUUAUCUCAUGCUUUUAACCUCAUCUUUCAAGAACAUUUUACUAUAGAGAGAAUUUAUGCGAACUAAUCACCACCAUAAUACACUAAACCAAUAACGACAAAGCGCCUAAUAGUACAAACGGAAGUGCAUAUUCCACAGCAAGUUCACUUACCCAAUAGCAUCAGUUUUGAUACUGCUUUAUAUACACACCCGAAUUGUGCUACACAUUCAUAAUGGUUCAACAUUUUCAUAUGUCCUCAAAUCUCUGUUUUCAUUUCUCACAAAUCAGCAAUGACAUUUAAGUCUUUUUAUCUGAUUGGGAUCAAAGAAGAUAUAUUUUCUCUCUCUCUAAAAGUUAACUGGAUCUCAAGAAUACACUUAAAUUAUAGAAAUAGUUUGCAUUAAGGGAUAUAAUUAAAUUCAGAACAGUUGUUUUUCCCAUACGUGAGAUGUUCGCAUUAUGAAUUAUGAUAUAAGCAGAGGAAAUUUAUGCGAACUAAACACCAACACAAUACACUAGACCAUUUACGGCAAAGCGCCUAGCAGUACAAACGAGCGUGCACAUUCCACAGCAAGUCACUAACCCAAUAAAAUCGGUUUCGAUGCUGCUUUGUAUACAUACCCGAAUUGUACUACACAUCCGUACAUGUUCAACAUUUGCACAUAUACUCAACAUACAUAUACAAUAACAAAGCAUAACUUUGGAUUGCAUAAUGACUAUUACUUCUAUUUAUCAUACCGUUAGUAACUUUAAAUUUUAUAAUUAAUUAAUUAGGUAAUUCUAUUUUCCAAUGUCGACAUGUAAAAAUGAAUAGCGGAUAUAUGACGGCAUUUGUUUUUAUCAUAUGGAUUAUAAUUAGUACGUAACAUUUAUUAUAUUUUUGCUGAUUGUUUGAAUAACGGGUUUACACUGUCUAUGUGGUUUAUCUCUUACAAUACUUAUGAAAUUAAUGAUGAAAUACUCCAAUAUAAGGCAGAUGCCUACAGAAUUACGUAUACUCAUAUACUACUUAUUUAGAUUUGGAGCUUGAUUCAUCUAUUUCAUGGCAACGUUUUUCGCCAAUAUUUUUGUAUAUACUUUAUUGUACUUUAGGCCUCAAGUGACGCUAAAUUUUAUUUUUCCCAACUAUAUUGAUUAGUUUUUAACAUAUCAUCAAAAUUUCAUGUUGUUGGAUUAUUUCCAUUGUAAAUAUCAGUCAUUUUUGACACUAAAUAUCUUAUGAGCUGCAACAUUAAUUUUGUUGUUGAAUUCUUAUAAAACGUUUAGUAUAAUAUUAGUUUGCAUAAAAGAAACAUUUUCGUGUAAAAUUUGUACAUGGAUACGAGGAAAAUUGAUUUUCUUUGGUAAUGUUUUAUGCAUGAUGAACGAAUUUGGUGCUAAAUAUUUUUUCAGUUUUCUGAAAUUAAUGUCCUUCUGUACAUUUCAACCAAUGCCAUUUUAAAAUUAAAUUAUUCAUAUCAUCUAUGAUGUUUAAUUUAUAAAACAAUUUUUAAUCUAUAUGUUCAGUAAUUAUUAUAAAUUAUCAACUACUGGUUUGUUUGUUUUUCCGAAUUUUUUUUGUUUGUUUUUUUUGUUUGUUGUUUUUGGAUGUUAUAUCCUUAUAUGUGUAUAUGUUAUUAUUAAUUUAUUUCGUUAUGGACAUAUUCGAUAGCUACAGAAACAUUUAGUAUAUUCUUGAUAACUCGAACUAACUUGUGCCAUUUCACAGAGUUCUAGAUAACAAUAAUUUAAGAUCAAUAUACUUAGUAAAACCACUAAUGUACAGUCAAACCUGUGUUAAAGACCACCUCUGAACAGAGACCUUCUGGCUCUAAAGACCACAUGUUUUGUUUCCUAUUUUAAACAUUCACAGUCUAUUUUAACCGGGAAUAAAGACCACCCCAAUAAAGACCACAUUUUUGCUCUCCCAAAGGUGGUCUUUAUAGACAGGUUUGACUGUAAUUAAAAUUCGCUGUACACUUGAGUUCGAGGUAUCAAGUUUUAUGGAUAUUUUGAUUGAAAUCAUGAACAUUUCAAUUUGACUGUACUUACUUUUCUAGACAAUAAUUAGAAUACCCCGUAAGAUGCAAACCGAUAUAGUUUUAGCGUGCCCCUGUAUCCGUCGGUGCUUGUGCAGUCAUAUUUUGGUAAUGGUUAGUCACAUGGAGUUGGUAUUACGAUAUAAAUGUUUUUAUCAUAAUGCAAGCCUAGCUAUAUCUCGUAAAUCUUGUGACUUUUAACCCUGUUAGAGAAAAUUUGGUUCAAACGAUCAUUUUUGCUGAUUUAACUCCAUCAAAGUAUGAAAAGUAUAGUAAAUAAUGUGUGUAUGUUCGUAUUAACUGGAGGAUAGUUUCAAGAAUAUGCACAUUAUACCAGAAUAAUUGUCUUUUCAUCAAAUAAGAACUUGCACUUUUGACAUUUUCUUUUCAUCAGCACUGUCCGAUAUUCAUUGUCCCUAAAAUAGUUGUAACAAUAAGAUGCAUUAUAUACAUUGUAUUACAAAACUUUUAUGGCAUCCUCACAUAAAUUUGGAGGCAUAUUAUUCAAACACUUUAUUAUUCUUGAAUGAUAAUAUGUUGAUUUGGUGCUCCAGCAGUCUUCCAUAGGAUACUUAUGUAUUCCUGUGUGUAUAUAAUUUGAUAUAAUUUUUCAACCGAAAAUAAAACAUUCAUUUAAUACAUGUAAAGGUAUAUUUUCAUAAUGAUAUGAAAUCGGGUUUUAGAAAUAUAUAAAUUAACGUAUAUGUUUGGAAAUAAAUUUUA